GCAAGGAAGCCCUUGUCCUUGCACGCGGACCCGUUACUUCAAAGCAGUCAAAACGUUUCCCAAAAUGCUAGAGAAACCCGGCACAAAGUAUCCCGAGUCGGAUGACUGUGAUUCUCUGCCGCCACCGCCACCACCUGAUGACGACUCGUAUUUCGAUGAUGACGAUCGGCUUUCGCAUGGACACCAUCAUCACCACCAUCACCAUCACCAGCAGCAGCAGCAACAGCAACACCUUGCCCAUCUAGCACAGGCGGCCAAUCACAAUGGGUUGCAUCUACCGGCCCAGCAACAGCUUCCGGUAGGGCAUCGUCAUCACUUUGCCACCGGUACGCCUCCACCAGUGCUCGAUUCCGAUCUGGAUGCGAGCCUCAAGAAGGACCGGAAGCUGCGCUCCAACUCAGACAGCUCCAACGCUACUUCAAACGGUGGAGUUGGAGGUGGUGGAGGAAGCAGUGGGAAGCACAAGAAUGGGUUAGGUGGUGGCGGCAAAGCAGCAAACGGUGGGCACGGUCAUCAUCAUCAUCAUCACCAUCAUCACCAUCACAGCCGGGGUGCAAUGCAUCCGAAGAGCAGUCGUGCCGAGUCAGUCCUGUCAAGCGAUUCGGAUAUUCGGUUUACUCGGCGCAAACUGGGCGACAAUCAAAAGUGUGGUUGUGCUCUUAUUGCAGGCUUUCUGCUGAUUUUGCUGUGUGCGGGCGCAAUCGUUUACGUUGGCUACACCUAUCUACGACCGGAGCCAUUACCGGAUCGGAUAUUUCGCGCACGUUUGCGCGUGAUCGAGGGUGAUCGAUGGACGCCGGAGCUGGCGGAUCAAAACACGCUACGGUUUCAACAUCGCGCCCGGGACUAUCGGGAACGCAUCAAUCUCAUCAUGCGUCGAUCGGAUCUACGCGAACCGUUCGAGGGUAGUGAAAUACUUGCACUGGAUGGUAACGAGGAACCAGGUGAUCUGACGUUGCACUUUGCGCUUUACUUUGAUCCGUACGCUGAGCUAGUUUCGGCGGCAGAUUUACGGUCUAUUCUACUGGAAGAGAUUACCGGCCAGGAGCGGAAGUACUUUCGCAACCUGACCAUCGAUCCCAACAGUCUCGUGAUUAAGGAGGUAUCGGGAACGGGUGAUGAUAUCGUCGGUACGUCAUCCUCACCGCUAGGUGGCAAAGAUGAGGUAACUGUGGAGAUCGUGACAACUGCCCGCCCCCCUCGGAAGUGUGAACCACUCCGAUUAGGGUACUGUCGCUCAGUUGGCUACAAUGUAACGACCUAUCCGAAUUUCUUCGGACACGGGUCCCUCGAGGAGGUCGAAGCAGAUCUAAUCUCGUUCCGGGAGCUAGUCGAUGCCGAAUGCUUCCGGCAAGCGUUCGACUUUAUCUGCCGACUGUUGCAACCACCUUGUGAGUAUCGUAGCAUUGAGGAACCUACGCCCGGCAUGGUAUGCCGUCAGUACUGUCAGGCGUUCUGGUCCGGAUGUGGAGAACGUUUGCCGGAGCGACUGCGCCGUUACCUCGACUGCGAACGCUUUCCUGAGUCAACGGGUAUACAGUCGUGCCACAGCAAACCAGGAUGCACGGGUGAACUGCAGGCAAAUGCCCUGUCGUCGCGGUUAUGUGAUGGCGUAGCGGACUGUGCUGAUCUGUCGGACGAGAACACCUGUACGUUCUGCGCUUACGGGGCGAUCUCGUGUGGACGGAGCCGUACUUGCUACGCACGCAACGCACGCUGUGAUGGAAAGUUAGACUGUCCCGACGGUAGCGAUGAGAAGGAUUGCCUUUCCAUUUCGCCGCAGGUUAGCUUCCUCACCUUUCCACCACCAAUCGUACCUUUCCGACCACGGUUCUACUCUGAGGGUUAUGCUGUGUUUUCGGAGAAGGGCACCACCGGCAAGCUGUGCUCAGUUGGCAUGGAAGGCAACGAGUACGUGCGCAACACGGUCGCCGAGUCACUGUGCAAGGCGCUAGGAUAUGAACGGGUUGACUAUUCGGAGAUUCGCAACGAUACGGAACCGAACACGAGCUAUGUGCGGGUGCUGGAUCCUCGGGCAUCCGAGAUUUCGUUUGUACGCACUCAGUGCCAGAGCAAACAGUCGCUCUACGUCGCCUGCAGCCAUCUGGAGUGCGGUGUUCAAUCGACACUACCAGCGACGCAAAACAUUGGACUAUCGAAGAUGGCAACACCGGGUGAUUGGCCGUGGCAUGUAGCUCUUCUACGAGCGGAUACGCACGUCUGCGAUGGAACGUUGGUCUCGAAAGAUUGGGUACUCACGACGGAGUCAUGCUUCCAAGGACAGGCAAAGGCAACAUGGAUGGCUGUGUUUGGAGCAGUGAGACUUUCCUCUAAUGCACCCUGGACGCAACGGCGUCGCAUAAUCGGAAUGGUAAAGUCUCCGGUAGAGGGUAGCACAGCGGCAAUGGUACGUCUGGAAACGCCAGUCGUCUAUUCAGACUUUGUGCGACCGAUCUGCCUGCCUGAUAUACCGCUAAAGGAAACCAUUGACCGCAGCGAUAACAACGUAACACCGACACCACACGCUGAAAAGUACUCAACAAGCAAGGGUGGCAAGGUGAGUGUCCGUAAAUUGAAGGAAUACCGUCAGUACUUCGAGAUGCCCGGCGAUGAUGAGCUAGUGACCGAUGAAUACGGCGAUUUAAACGAAGCAGCAAAGUACGUCAAUCAGUACAGUGCUGACUUUACUGACGAGCAGUAUCACAUCCCGAAGGCCGAGGCAGCUGUCGCUGGAACGCACGGGCGUACGACUGUUUCCUCCGUGCCUGGUAGUGUGCCUGUCGGACCCGCAGCCUAUCCACUGCCCGCAAACUCACCUCAAACCAACAACUACAUCUCUGCACUGAAUUAUAUCAGCUCGGGGGGAGUGGCGAACGUCGGUGCGGGCGGCUUAGGCUUCCAGCAACCGACCAAGCUAGGCAAACAGAGUCAGUGGACGAACUGCAAUACGCUUGGGUGGUCGCGCCAGCGUGAUCAUUUGCAGCGGGUUCAGCUGAAGCUGAUUGACAUGUCGCCGUGCGAGAACAUCUCGAUCGCCACGGUCAAUAGCAUGUGUGCGGAAUCGGCCUAUCACAAGCAGGAUUGCAGUGAGGAAGAGUUUGCCGGCAGCCCGGUCAUCUGUUUGCUGCCGAGCGACCGACGUUGGGCGCUAGUCGGUAUCAGCUCCUGGCGUAUUGCUUGCGCACCGAAUGGGAUCGAGCGGCCACGGAUGUACGACAAAAUUAUACCCAACACUCCAUGGAUCCGGGACACUAUAACUGCCACAGUGUCGUGAGCUCACGUACAC